UUGGAGCGGAAAGGACGGAGCUGUAACCUUGAAUUCGUUCGACGGCAGCAAGUGGGGAAGUCCCAGUCUUUGCGUCUUUCCGGACUGCCGCUGCAGAAAGCAAAGCGCAUCAACGUCAACCUAUUGACUGAAAGGGAAAACGUCGCGCUGCAAAUCAGUUUUCGUUUCGAUGAGAACUGCAUCGUCAGGAACAGUCAGUUCGACCAGGCGUGGCAAAACGAGGAAAGAGAGGGGAAGUUUUGUUUGGCGAAGGAUACACUGUUUGACGUAGAAGUCGACAACAAGCCAUACGCGUUUCAAGUGCGCAUCAACGGCGACCACUUCUGCGCGUACGCGCAUCGUACCGACCCAAAAGAGUUGACGAAAGUAUGCGUGGAUGGAGACCUCGAACUGCUGUUUCUUGAAUUAAAGUAG